GCUUCGCAGGAGGCUACCGCCGCGACCCUAGAGGAGCCUGCGGCCCAGGCUUGAGCCCCCACCUCCGGGGGCUGGCAUGAGCGGCCCCUCGGCGGCGCCGGCGGGCGGGGGAGCCGCCGCUGCCUGAGCUCCGGCCUGCCGCCCGACCCCACCUCGCCGACAGAACCCGACCGCCGAGCGUGCGAACGAGUUGCCACUCCUUUUUUCCUCCCCCCCUAGAUCACACACCCUAGUCCCUGAAGAUGGGGAACUGCCUCAAAUCCCCCACCUCGGAUGACAUCUCCCUUCUUCAAGAGUCUCAGUUGGACAGGGCUAGCUUUGGUGAGGGGACGGAGCCCGACCAGGAACCGCCGCCGCCAUAUCAGGAACAAGUUCCAGUUCCAGUCUAUCAUCCAACACCUAGCCAGACUCGGCUAGCAACACAGUUGACUGAAGAAGAACAAAUUAGGAUAGCUCAAAGAAUAGGCCUUAUACAGCAUUUGCCUAAAGGCGUGUAUGACCCUGGAAGAGAUGGAUCAGAAAAAAAAAUCCGAGAGUGUGUGAUAUGUAUGAUGGACUUUGUUUAUGGGGACCCAAUUCGAUUUCUGCCGUGCAUGCACAUCUAUCACCUGGACUGUAUAGAUGACUGGUUGAUGAGAUUCUUCACGUGCCCCUCCUGCAUGGAACCAGUUGAUGCAGCACUGCUUUCGUCCUAUGAAACUAAUUGA